GAUGUACGGGCUCUGACUUCAUUACACAUUAUGAUUAUCAAUAAGAAAUGGUGACAAUGGUAGCUUUACACACACUUGGAGUUUUACUGCUCUUGCUGACACGGAACGUGGAGAACGUCUCCGUCCAGCAGUCUCCAUCCCAACUCACCAAGGAAGGGACGGAGGAGCUCACCAUCACCUGCAGCCAUGAUGACAUCAGCUAUAGCACAAUGCUCUGGUACCAACACAAGCAGAGCAGUCAGUCUAUGAGCCUCAUCGGGUUUGGAGUCAACACCGGCAGCCCCAACUACGAGGGUCGGUUUGAAGAGCGAUUCAAGCUGACGAGAGAAAACACCCUGAAAGGAGCUCUGAUCAUUCACAAAGUGAACCUGUCAGACUCGGCUGUGUAUUUCUGUGCUGCCAGCACACAGUGUCUGGCUGCUGCCCCAGAGGUUCUUCAGUCUGGAGAACAAACGUCCCACCCAGGGCUCACAGUGUCCUUGGGGUGCAGCAUGGCUCCAGGGUUCGGCAUGUCCAGCUACACCAUGUUCUGGUACCGACAAACCCUCUACGGGACGCCCAUAGAGUACCUCACAAAAGAGUAUGACACAACUGCAGGUCGCUUCAAAGCAUUUCUGGAUGCAUCAAACAACAAUUUCUCCCUGGAAAUCACUAAGCUGCUCCUGAAUGACAGCAGCACCUACUACUGCGCUCACUGUGAUACUAACAGCGAAGCUUACUUUGGAAGUGGAACAAAACUCACAGUUUUAGAGUAUAACGUCACUGCACCAACAGUCAAAAUACUUCCACCUUCAUCAAAGGAGUGUAAAAAGAAGAAGAAGACCUUGGUGUGUGUGGCCUCUGGUUUCUACCCAGACCAUGUGAGUGUGUUCUGGCAGAUUGACGGGGUAGAUGUCACAGAUGGCGUGGCGACUGACAACAAUGCCGUAAGGAAAAACGAGUCCUACAGCAUCACCAGCAGGUUGAGGGUCUUGGCCGAAGACUGGCGCUCACCUGACCGGACUUUCACCUGCACGGUCACCUUCUUUAAUGGAACUGGUUACGAACCCCACUCAGACUCUGUUCAUGGCACUGCAGGUGAAGGUGAAGGAGAGAGCUUCACAAGAGAGAACUAUGUGAGGACCUCGCAGGCUGGCAAACUCUCCUACGCUGUUUUCCUGGCCAAGAGCAGCUUGUAUGCGCUCUUCAUCACCGCUCUGGUGUGGAAACUUAAGAAUUCAUCUGGGAAGCAGAACAACUGAGAGCUGAGCUGAGGCCUGAACAGACGCAUCAGAGGAACUGAGUCUCUUUGUUUCUGUAAAUCAAAUUAAAAACUGCCUUUUUCACAGAGCUACAGUGCGUUUACAUUCAAUAAUAUUCCUGUUGAAAUAGAUACAGUACAUGUAAAGCAUGUGAACAGUUUGUUUUUCUGAUUUUCUGAAUACUUAAUCAUGCUGCCUGUUUGUGUGUAGCUGUGACUUUCUUUUUGCUUAAUAUUCUACUUAAU